AUGAGCCAUGGAUCAAAGCAGUUUUCAUCAAAGAAGCGCAGCGAGACGACGCAACGGUUGACUGUGUUCAGGAUGAAUAAAAACUUGACAAUUUUGAUAAUUUGCGCAUUACUGGAACUGAGUUACGGCUAUGAAGUCGAUUUUCUGAACUGUGCAGCCGAAAAGGAACUGGGAGAUACAUGUGGAAAGUACUGUUAUCGUAUUGUCAAGCCGCUUCUGCAGCACCUGUCUAAGGUGUCCGCAAAGAAUGAGGACGUGGAAAGCCUUGUGAACAAAAUUGACGAGCAAGCGACAAUUAUCAAGAACAUGCAGCUAGAGAAUGCGAGACUUGAGAGUCAGAAUCAAUUGCUAGCCUCAUGCAAAUCCAAGUUGGCUGCCAAAGACGAGCUGGUCGAAUACAAGAAAGCAGAUAUCAAGCAACUGGAACUUGAUAUCAUCGAUUGUAGGUCUAGGGCAGGUGUGGAGACCUCCAAGCUGGAAGAGCAGCUGAAAAUUCAAAGUAAUUCUCUUGACGCGAAAGGUUUGAGUUGUUCGAGAAAUUCAAGCGAUGUGCAAGAGGCCGAUUUUUCAUGCGUUUCGAGCUUGGGGGGUCCGGGCUGGACCGUUGUACAGAGACGAAUGAAUGGCAAGGUUGACUUUAACCGCAAUUGGAACGAAUAUGUUCAGGGAUUUGGCCAAAUCCAAGACGAGUUUUUUUUGGGACUAGAGAAAUUACAUUUGCUUACCAGCUCCCAGCCGCACGAGCUUUUCAUAUUUAUGCGAAAUAUUGCCAACGAAUCAACUUACGCUUACUAUGAUUAUUUUCUUAUCGCCGACGAAACGGAAUCGUACAAAAUUAAAUCAUUGGGCACAUACACUGGAAGCGCUGGCAACAUGCUCUCCCAUCAUGUUGGUGCCAAGUUCUCCACAAUAGAUCGCGACAAUGAUAACGCUGAUCAGCUGCAUUGCGCUACAAUCUGA